AUGGAUUCGGGUGGCGUUCCGACGGCGGAGGAGGAGGCGUUGAAGAAAAACACCGAUUGCGUUUACUUUCUUGCGUCUCCAUUGACCUGCAAGAAGGGAAAUGAAUGUGAGUAUCGUCACAGUGAGGGUGCCAGGCUUAACCCCAGAGAUUGUUACUAUUGGUUGAAUAGCAACUGCUUGAAUCCUAAGUGUGCAUUUCGGCAUCCGCCACUUGCUGGUUUGUUUGGAUCUCCAGGUUCAGGACCUACCCUGCCCUCCAUACCAACAGUACCAUCAAAGCAGAUUCCUGUGGUGCAUGCUCCUCCUUAUAGUUUGAAUAAGCAAAGCCGAAGUCAGCAAUGCAUUUUUUUUCAAAAGGGCCACUGUUUAAAGGGCGAGAUUUGCCCUUUCUCGCAUGAAACGCAGGCAAAUGGUGAUGUUGUUUCACAGCAAUUAGCAAAGGCUUCUCCCUCAUUCUCAGAACAGCCACAGGCCACAUUAAAAUAUGAAUCUUGGAGCAUCAAGCAGUGUAGUAAUAAACAAAGCAUUCCAAAAGUGAGUGCUGAUAUAAAACUGAAAGCACCAGUUUCAUCAACAAAACCUGUUAUCAGAAAUGAGCUGCAAUCUUCAAAUGGUGUUACACAUGCGAAGAAUUUCUUAUCAAACUCGCAGCCAGCACAUGCUCCUGUCAUAAACAGCAAUGCUUGGAGCAGGUCCCAGAACCAUCAGAUUCAUUCCUUAGAUGAACACCUUCAGAAUGAUCUGGAGCCUGGUGAGAUAGUUGGCGAACAUUCUUCAGUAUUUGAUGCUCAUGUUGUCAAUAGCACGAAAGCCAGCGAAUUUGGAAGAAAAUCCGCUCUAAAUGAUUAUCAGCAUUGCUCUUCUGAUUACAAACCCGUCAACAUCUUUGAGAGAAACCAAUGUAGAAGGUCGGUAGAUAAAUAUAGUGGACAGAAUGGAAGGAUUCAAGACUACCGCAACCCAAGACCACACAAGAUUUUAUCUGAGAGGAGCUUAGAAAGAUCGCAGUUGCCUGAAAGAAGGGUGCUUCAGAAGCCCAAGAGCCCUAAUGAAGUGGAUAGAGCUGAUCUACGACAUCGGUUGAAACAAAGAAAGCUUGAUUCUUCUAGAUCAGCCAUCAGGAGCGAUCACUAUGUGGAGGAAAAAGAGAGAGAUUAUGGCCAUCAUUCUCACAGGAAUCAGUUGCAGGUUCCUCUUGAAACCUCUGUAAGCUCUCGUCUUCGAGGUAGGAUUACUCUUCCUGCAGCAUCAUCAGGAGACUCUUUCAGCUUGCAGUCUGAGCAGAGAGAUGUUUCUAGAAACCGAGGCAGAUUGUCGCCAACUAGGGCAUCAGUUAGUAACCAAGUGAGGCAAAAUGAAAGAACAAGAAGGCUAAGUGAAGACCCUCCUUUGAGAAACUUAGGAGGCAGGCUGAGCAAGAGAGAGGAUGUUGAUUCGUUGAACUUCAAUGGUCCGAAGAGUCUAGCAGAGCUAAAAGGGGCAAAGCUGGUCAAGAGCUCACAAGAGCAGACAACCAAGGUACAGAAUAAUGAAGAUUCUCCUUCAUUCGAAGGACCGAAACCUCUGAGUGUUCUUCUCAAGAGGAAAAGAGAAGAUGUACCCUUGGACAGUGUAGAUACCUGCAAUGCGGAUGAAAAUAAUCAGAGAAAUGGAGUUCCACAAGUAAGUGAUUGUGACCCUGUAACAAAUAAGCAACCGCAGCCUAAAGUUGAAACAGUUGAAGAUGAGAAGGAUUCAACUCCUUCAAGAGACGAUGAACUAAUAACUUAUGACGGAGACUCCUCAGCCAAAGAUCACAUGGACGUUGAUGCCAUGGAAGAUGAAGGAUUGCAAAACUUUGAGCAGAGAGACGGCGAGUAUGAGUAUGAGGCAACUGUGGGUGGAGAUUAUAAAACAGAAUAUGAAAGCCAAGGAGAGGAAGAAGAUGAUGAAUUGGAUGAUGAGGAUGAUUUUGCUAGAAAGGCUGGUCUUUUAUUUUCUUGAGUUACUUAAAGGUGUUACUAUUUAUAAAGUUGUCUUAAGAUUCAGAAAUGUAGCUGAAGAUAGUCUGGAGGUUGACCCAGUGAGAGUUGUAACAUGUUUGCUCAGCAGUUUUAUCAAAAUUGGGCUUUGUUGAAAUAUCUUGAAAGUGUAUCAGUUGAAUACUUGAUUGUUCAAUAUUUUAUUAUUCUAUGCCUAAAUGCAUAACGUUGAUCAAUUA